AUGGCAACACUGAAGGAGAAGCGAACCUGUGGGCAGCGCUGCGAGGAUUUUGGUCACUUUGUCUGGAACUCCGACAAUGGGACUUUCAUGGGGAGGACACCUGUGAAAUGGGUCUACAUCAGCUUGUACUAUGUGGCCUUCUACAUUGUGAUGACCGCUCUCUUCUCUCUGGCCAUCUACGUGCUCAUGUACACUUUAUCCCCAUACGCGCCUGACUAUCAAGAUCGACUCAAAUCUCCAGGGGUGAUGGUGUGGCCUGACACUUACGGGGAGGAGAUAGUUGAAAUCUCAUACAACUCCUCAGACAAGAAAAGUUGGAAGAAGAUGGCAACAAUCCUUCGACAUUUCCUUGAACCGUACAAUGACACGACACAGCUAAUCGUGAACAACGUCACCUGCACCAAAGGAAAGUACUUCAUCCAGUCACAUUUCACAGGUCAUAAUCAUACCAAAUGCUCCUGCCCCUUCACUCAGAGCAUGCUCGGGCCCUGCUCUGGGUUAGAAGACCCCACUUUUGGAUACAACUCUUCCAUGCCCUGCGUUAUCAUCAAAAUGAACCGGAUCAUCAACUUCUUGCCUUCAAAUAUAACUGGGGUUGCUCCGUAUGUAAACUGCACCAUACUGGAUGGAGAGGAAAAUGUGGAAAACAUUGAGUACUUCCCUAAGAAUGGAACAAUGGAUCUUUCCUACUUUCCUUACUAUGGCAGACUGGCCCAGCCCAACUAUGUAAACCCACUGGUGGCAGUUCGGUUCAACUUGGUGAAGGAGAAAGAGGCCAAGAUCGAGUGCAGAGUGGUCUCCGAUGUGAUCAGCUAUCAAAACAUCCACGACCCCUACGAAGGAAAGGUGGUCUUCGAUCUUAGUGCAGAAAGUUAA